AAUUAAUGAAUGAAUGCUUCUUCACAAUCCACAAAUAUUGUCAUGAUCAUCAUUCAUCACUAUCACUGAUUCACUGCUUUCUCAACAACACUAAAGAGGGGAAUGCCCCAUAUCCAACUGAUUCCCUUUUCUCUUCAAAUCUUAUUCUGAUAAAUGAUUGGAAGGGAAUUUACAUAGGGCAUGAAAACCUUCAACCUCCUCUUCUUCCACACCAUUUUUCUACCUCCAACAACAUUGCCUUUCGUGUGAUGUAGGAGAGCUGACAGAUGAAUCGGAAUCGUUUGGACUUGAGAGUUGUUCACCAUUCUGGAUCAACUCAAUCGGAGGAGUCAUCCCUGGACUUGGAAAGAAACUACUAUGGUCAUCGUAAUCCUUCGUCCAGCCCUAUACAGUUGCAAACUUUUGCAGUUGGUGUUCAGCAUUCUGAGAGCAAUGCGGCCUAUUUUUCUUGGCCCACCUUGAGUCGCUGGAAUGACGCAGCAGAAGACAGGGCCAACUAUUUUGGAAACCUUCAAAAGGGAGUGCUACCUGAAACCUUGGGUCGUUUGCCGACAGGACAACAGGCUACUACCUUGCUUGAACUUAUGACUAUUAGGGCAUUUCAUAGUAAGAUAUUACGGCGAUUCAGUCUUGGUACUGCAAUUGGAUUUCGGAUCAGAGGAGGUGUUUUGACUGAUAUUCCAGCGAUUCUUGUCUUUGUUGCACAUAAAGUUCAUAGGCAAUGGCUCAACCAUGUUCAGUGCCUACCUGCUGCCCUUGAGGGGCCAGGAGGUGUUUGGUGCGACGUGGAUGUUGUGGAGUUCUCCUAUUAUGGUGCACCUGCACAAACUCCUAAAGAACAAUUAUAUACGGAGCUUGCUGAUGGCUUAAGGGGAAGCGAUUCAUGUGUUGGCUCCGGUUCUCAGGUUGCAAGUCAAGAGACAUAUGGAACCUUGGGUGCUAUUGUUAGAAGCCGAACAGGAAGUCGAGAAGUUGGUUUUCUUACAAAUCGACAUGUGGCUGUUGAUUUGGACUAUCCAAACCAAAAGAUGUUUCAUCCACUGCCACCCAGUCUUGGACCCGGUGUAUAUCUUGGUGCAGUUGAGAGAGCAACAUCGUUUAUUACUGAUGAUCUUUGGUACGGCAUUUUUGCUGGAACAAACCCAGAAACAUUUGUGCGAGCUGAUGGUGCAUUCAUCCCAUUCGCAGAAGAUUUUAAUAUGAACAACGUGAUUACAUCUAUAAGAGGUGUGGGUGAUAUUGGUGAAGUCCACGUCAUAGAUUUGCAGUCUCCAAUCAACAGUCUUAUUGGUAGGCAAGUGAUUAAAGUUGGAAGAAGUUCUGGUUUGACUACAGGAACUAUAAUGGCCUACGCCCUCGAGUAUAAUGAUGAGAAAGGUAUUUGUUUUCUCACUGAUUUUCUUGUCGUCGGUGAGAACCAGCAGACAUUUGACCUUGAAGGUGACAGUGGAAGCCUCAUUCUAUUAACUGGUCAGAAUAGGGAGAAGCCACGCCCCGUUGGCAUUAUUUGGGGAGGGACAGCUAACCGGGGUCGUUUGAAACUAAGAGUUGGUCAACCCCCUGAGAAUUGGACAAGUGGUGUUGACCUUGGCCGGCUUCUUGAUCUCCUUGAACUAGAUCUCGUAACAACAAAUGAAGCACUCCAAGCUGCGGCACACGAGCACAGGAACGGUUCUACUGUCGGAAUUGGUAGUUCUAAUGGAGAAUCAUCUCCCACCGUGCCAAUAAAA